AUGCCGCAGUCGCGUUCCCGGGCCUUCUCAGCCGGAGCGGCCGCCUCCUCCGCGUCUCAUCGCAGAUCCGCGGCGCCAGGGACGGUAACCUCCCGCUCACGCGCAGCGAACAUGGCGCAUUCCGUCUUUGCUGGCCUGGCACAGGGUGUGCGGUCCUCGGGCUGCGGGUGCGCGCAGCGCCGCACGCGGACGAUCGCGACGGCCAUGAAGGACGGCAACAAGAAGAAGCUCCCGGCGGACAUCAAGACGGCCACGCGUCUGGUGCAUCCGCGCUCGGGCGGGUGCCUGGAUGGUUACGACGCAACGGCCCCUCCCAUCUACCAGACGGCCACGUUCGGGCAGCCCGCCGCGACCGAGAACGGCGAGUACGACUACACCCGCAGCGGCAACCCCACCAGGACGCUGCUCGAGGACCACCUGGCGGCGCUCGAGGGCGCGGACCGAGCCUUCGCGUUCGCCUCUGGUAUGGCAGCGCUAGCGGCGUGCACGCGCCUGGUGUCGACGGGCGGGCACAUCGUCGCGGGCGACGACCUGUACGGCGGCACGAGCCGGCUGCUCUCGCGCGUGGUCCCCGGCCUCGGCAUCAGCGUCUCGAACGUCAACACGUGCGACGUGGAGGAGCUGCGCAAGGCCAUCAUCCCGGGGAAGACGCAGCUGGUGAUGCUCGAGUCCCCCACGAACCCGCGGAUGCAGAUCUGCGACAUCGAGGCGUGCGCGAGGGUCGCGAAGGAGGCCGGCUGCGUCGUCGUGGUCGACAACUCGAUCAUGGCCCCCACGUUUUGCCGCCCGCUCGACCUGGGCGCCGACGUCGUGAUGACCUCCGGCACCAAGUUCCUCGGGGGACACUCCGACGUCACCGCGGGCAUGCUCUCCGUGCGCGGGAAGGACGUUGCCGACAAGAUCGCGUUCUGUCAGAACGCCGAGGGCGCCAUCCUGGGCCCGCACGACUGCUGGCUGCUGCUACGCGGAAUGCGGACGAUGGGCGUGCGCAUGGAGCGGCAGGCGUACAACUGCGCGCGGCUCGCGGAGUACCUCAAGGACCACCCCCUCGUGACGAAGCUCAACUUCGCGGGCCUCGAGAGCCACCCGGGGCACGACGUGCACUGGCGUCAGGCCUCGUCGGGGGGGUCCCUGCUGUCGUUCACCACGGGCGACAUCGUCGCGAGCAAGGCGAUCGUGGAGCGCACGCAGCUCUUCAAGAUCACCGUCUCCUUCGGGAACGUCGCGUCGCAGAUCUCGCUGCCGUGCUUCAUGUCGCACGCGUCCAUCCCCGCGGAGGUGCGGGCGGAGCGCGGGCUCCCGGACGACCUCGUGCGGAUAUCUGUGGGCAUCGAGGACGCGGACGACCUCCUGCGCGACCUGGACGGCGCGAUGAUGCAAGCCAUGGAGCAGGCGGGCAUGACGCCCAAGUCGCACCUGGCGGAGGUGGAGGCGGCGGGGAGCGCGGUGCUCACGGAGCGGGAGAAGACGCUGCUGGACCGCGUGCGGCACCUCGAGGCGCGACUGAAGGAGCUCGAGUGA